UCAGUCUGUGAGUAGUCAGUCUCUUUCCAAGUCAUCCAAAAUGUCGAAAACACCGCAAGAACAAGCUAUCUCCUUUGUCAAAGAUCUUGCUGCCGGUGGAAUUGCCGCUGCUAUAUCAAAAACAACGGUAGCCCCUAUUGAAAGAGUCAAGUUGCUUUUACAGGUUCAAGCAGCCUCAAAGCAAAUUUCUGCUGACCAGCAAUACAAAGGUAUCUUUGAUUGUUUCCGGCGAGUAACUAAAGAGCAAGGUUUCUUUUCAUUAUGGAGAGGUAACUUGGCAAACGUCAUCCGUUACUUUCCAACACAAGCUCUCAACUUCGCCUUCAAAGAUAAAUACAAGCAAAUUUUCCUCAGUGGUGUAGACAAGAAAAAACAAUUCUUUAGGUUCUUUGUUGGUAACUUGGCUUCUGGUGGCGCUGCUGGAGCAACAUCACUGUGUUUUGUGUACCCGCUUGACUUCGCACGUACACGUUUAGCUGCUGAUGUCGGCAAAGGCUCAGCCCGUGAAUUCACUGGUUUAGGCAACUGUCUUGCGUCUAUAUACAGGUCUGAUGGAUACUUAGGUCUCUACAGAGGUUUCUCUGUAUCAGUGCAAGGCAUUAUCAUCUACCGUGCUGCAUACUUUGGUUUAUACGACACAGCGAAAGGUGCAAUUCCUUACAAGCUUAACAUCUUCUUCUCGUGGAUGGUUGCCCAAUGCGUGACAACAGCUUCAGGUAUCAUCUCCUAUCCAUUCGACACCGUUCGACGUCGUAUGAUGAUGCAGUCUGGUCGCAAGGAUGUCAUGUACAAGAACACAAUUGAUUGCUGGAGGAAAAUUGCUCAGCAAGAAGGCUCUAGGGCUUUCUUCAAGGGUGCACUGUCCAAUGUUCUUCGUGGUACUGGAGGAGCUCUUGUAUUAGUUUUGUAUGAUGAAAUCAAGGCCCUCAUUGUUUAAUUAGGCACUCUGAUAAUGACCGCACGUAUAACAUGCCGCUCAGUUAUAUAGAACAUAACCUACUUUAUUUCCAGUAUCAGAGAUCGAUUCUUUUAAGGGGUGUAUCAUCCCAUGUUGAUCUCCUAUGUUAUCAGAAAAAAAUAUUCACAUCUAGACCUUUCAAAGUUGCUAAUUAUGAAUCAAUUUUGAAAGAUCUUUGUAGACAAUGGAAUUUUAUGCACCCCGGUGUGAUGUGCUUGAAUUAUGUUUGCAGUCAAUUGUGUUCAUUUCUAGCAUUUCCAAAUUUGAAUGUAUACGAAAAAUGUCAUCAUGCAAUAAUGAUUAAUUGUGAGAAAGAAUUUUGAAUGAAAAAUAAUAAAAAAAUAGACCCAAGUGAUAUUUAUAUCUCUCGUACGGCAGGUAAAUUGUAUAAUAUGACAUUACAGUAUUUAAUAACGUAUAUGUAUGGACAAUGUAAUCGUACUAGUACAUCUAGCAAAGUUUUUACUUAAAGAACCACCAUAAAGAGUACCUGAUAGAGAAUGGAAUAAAUAUUUAACCAUUUGGCACAUAA